AUCCUUCCACAUUCACUGGGAGGGUGUUUUCCUCUGAACCUCUCAACAAGAGAGCCUUAUCGGCUUUUAAGUGGUACAGACUAUGUUGUUGGACGCAAAAACUGUGCGAUUUUAAUUCAGGAUGAUCAGUCCAUCAGCCGAAGUCAUGCGGUUCUGACAGUAAGUCGUCCUGAAACAACCUCUAGCCAGCCUCUCUCAGUCCCUGUAUUAACAGUAAGAGAUACAUCUAAGUAUGGUACUUCUGUUAAUGGAUCAAAACUCAAUGGCACUUCAGUGUCUUUGCAGUCUGGUGACAGAAUCAACUUUGGAGUCUUCGAGAGCAAGUUUAGAGUAGAGUAUGAACCUUUGAUUGUCUGCUCCUCAUGUUUAGAUGUUGCUCAGAAAACUGCUUUAAAUGAAGCCAUCCGGCACCUUGGAGGCCUUGUAGUGAAUGAAUGGACCAAAGAGUGUACUCACCUUGUAAUGGUAUCAGUAAAAGUUACUGUUAAGACUAUAUGUGCUUUGAUUUGUGGUCGACCAAUUAUAAAACCAGAAUUUUUUGUUGAAUUAAUCAAAGCUAUUCAGUCCAGACAACAUUUGCCAAAUCACAAAAGCUUUUAUCCUCCAGUUGAUGAGCCUUCCAUUGGCACUGAAAAUCUGGAUUUAUCUGAGCAUCAUGAAAGGAAAAAAAUAUUCCGUGGGAAAACUUUUGUAUUUCUAACUACCAAGCAGCACAAGAAACUGGGUCCAGCAAUUAUUCUUGGAGGAGGAGAAGCAAAAUUGAUGAUGGAGGGAAGAAAAGAAACAUCUUUACUGCUUUCUCCUGGAGUUUGCGUUGUUGAUGUCGGGUUGACAAACUCUCAGAUCCCAGGAUCUGACCCCAUGAGAAACUGGACUGAUUCCAUUCUGACUGUCUUGCAAAGCAAGGAUCUCAGGACUAUUCCAGAGGCAGAAAUUGGACUGGCAGUUAUCUUCAUGUCUACAGAAAAAUACUGCAACCCUCAAAAGCAGCCUGGUAACAAAGCUGUAACUAAAAGUACUCCUGCAUCAGCUGUUGUAGGGCCAGCCAUUUCUCAGAGUUUGGCUGUGGAUGAAACAGAAAUGCCAGCUGCUGCAGAUAACAGCUCAAUAUAUGUAGCUGAUACAGAAAUAGAAGAGCAGACAUGUAUGAAGAUAGAGAAUACUCCCCAGAUGGACAGAAGAGGGAAAAUGGCUUUCCAGGAUAUAACUGCUGCAAAGAAAAACCCUAGCACAAGCGGCAGUGUAAUUGCAGGAGCAUCGAUAUCUAGAGUGAACAGAACAUCUGGGUUUAGUCAAAAAAGCCAUCCUGUCUCGCCAUCUAAAAUUUCAGAACCUGGUAAACCUAGUGAGCGUGCUUCACAUCACCAGUCUAACUCAAUUACAAAUUACUUCCAGGUGGCUAGAAAAAGGUGUGUUGAAAUGUUCUUGGCAUUUCUUCCCUUAUUGUUAUUGAAGCUGGAGGAAAGAUCAUCAUCGUCUGUUUCCAAGUGCACUCAACCCACAGCUCCAUCAGUGUGGAACAGUGAAGCAGAGCAGCGUAAAAAAGAGAAUAACAUCCCAGACCCAAACCCAGAUUUUCCAGGAGAAGAUGCAGGUAUAAAGCUUAUGAGGGAAGGUGGCAAACUAUCAAGUGAUAAAACAGACACUAAAACUAUUUCUAGUGAAAAGCAUGCAACAAAGAAGAGAAAGGAGUUAGAUGAUUUAUCUGAAGAUACGGAGGCACUAGAAAUUGUGUUUGGAAGCAGAGACCUGGACUGGGAAGAUCAAAUGGCUGAUCACGACCAGGAAGCUCAAGGAAAUACACGAAAAAAAAGGUGUUUGGAAGCCAAAGGAACCAGCAUUCAAGAAGUAAAUGUAAAGCAGAAAGAGGAGAAUAAAAUAUUG